AUGCAGCUCAGAAAAGAAGCAGUCUGUGAAAAUGCUAAGAUGAUCAAUCUCGAGAAAAUAGACUCUGAUGAGAAUAUUUAUCGAUGGCUGGACGACUUUGAGAUACCAGUUCCGUGCUCUCGUGAAUUUCGUGCAAGGCAGCUUGUUUAUUAUGAUUUGUGGAGCAGAGGCUACUAUCUGACCAGUGGAGAGCAGUUUGGCACCUCGUGGCUAGUAUAUGAAGGAAUUCCCGGUGAAGUACACGCAUCAUUUAUAGUGGACGUUAUCUUGGAUGACCAGAUGUUGCCGCCGUCGAAUUUGAUCGCUCUCAUCCGAGUAGCAGUUCAGGUGAAGAAGAUUAUGGUUCUUGCUGUCGUAUCAAAUGAUAGAAGUGAACCACAUUACGUCAUGAUGGAUUGGCUCAGACCGCAAGGAGUGGAUGAACAGAUUCAGGACGGCGAAUACUAA